ACCGAUGGUGACAAUAUCGCCCGGGUGAGCCAGGCUCAAAAGCGACGACAGUCCCGAUCUCGGCGGCGAAGACGCAACAGAACUAGGCGACGAAGAAUCGAGGCUGCGCUUGAUGUUGCCCCAAGUGUACUCGGCGUCGGUUGGAGCCGUAACGUUGAACUGCUCGCGAAGAGAGCUAGUCGACGGCGAGGCCUUGAGGGUGCGCGGGAGCAGAAAAUCCGGCCUCUCGAGUCCGGCCGUGCUGACACCCGUGGCGCGGUUGUUUGCACCCUUGUUCUUGUUCUUGUUCUUCUUAUUCUUCUUGCGUCCGCGCGAUGCGCUAGCUGCCUCGGCUGCGCGUUCAGCCGCGAUGUCACCUGCGUCGCUGGGUGCGCGUGACGAGGAGCACGAGCUCGCCAAUAGCAGAGCGAGGCCGCCUUUCGCGGUACCUGUGGACUUUCCAGCGCGCGUAGGAGCAUCGAGAAGACUAGCGAGACUGCUGCCAACCGCCGAAGCGCUGGUGCUCGCGGUCUGGGGCGCUCCACGAAGACCCGAAGCGGGCUUCAGAGCGGGCGAAGCUUUUCCUCCCAGACGUGGCCAUUCCUUCUCGAGGAGGGUCGCGCUUUCGGGGUUGCGGUUGUUGCGCGGGGCUGCCGUGUUGCCGUUCUGGGAACUAACCCCUUGUUCGUCGUCGAAAGCGAAAAUCGCCAUGAUCCAAGAGCUUUCGGAUGCGUGCGUCGGUUUCGUAGACCGAGGAAAGCCUUUAGCUAGCUAGAUGUUGAUUGUGGUUGAAGGUGGUAGAACCGCUCGACCGAAGUCGAGCGGGAAUUAAGGGUGCAAC